AUGGCUUCGAAAGAAUACAAGUUCCCAGCUUUUGAUGAGGCGCCGAAAGUCGAGGGCAUGCCCCAAGGUAAUCUCUGGGGUUUCUUCGACGAAGACGGUAAGAAAGAUGAAGUAGGAACAAUCAACCUCCUCACCCCAGCCGUUGUCAAACGCGCCGCUUCAGAAGAAAUCCGCACAGGCCAAUCCAUCCAACUGGACUGGGAACUCCACAACGUCCAGUUCCCAGGCUUCAAUCGCAAGCCCUUUUCCCAGAAACAAAUCGACUUUGCCUCCUUCUCGGCCCUCUGCGCAAACGACGACGAACUCCACAUCAACACGCAGGCAGGCUCGCAGUGGGAUUCGCUAAAACACUUUGCGCAUCAAGCGACGGGUAUGUAUUACAACGGGCUCACGCAUGAGGAGGCGGCCAAGAGCGAUCGGAAUGGUACGCACAAGUGGUGUGAGCGCGGGGGGAUAGUGGGCAGGGGCGUGCUGUGUGAUUGGCUGAGGUGGUAUGAGGAGGUGAAGGGGAAAAAGGCGCCGAGUGCGGUGUCGAGGCAUGAGAUUCCGGUUGAGGAAGUAGAAGAAACGCUCAAGUGGCAGGGGACGGAGGUGCGGCAGGGGGAUGUGUUGAUGGUUCGGACGGGGUAUGUGAGGUGGCAUAAUACUGCGACAGAAGCGGAGCGCAAAUCCGGCACCCAAGAUAAUAGCGUCGCUAUUGGCCUGCAAGCCUCGGAGAGCACCGUCCGCUGGCUUUACGACCGCCAUCUCGCCGCCAUUGUUGCCGACAACGUUGCGCUUGAGGCGUGGCCCCCAAAGUAUACGGAUGGUUGGUGUUUGCAUGAGUGGUUGUUGGUGCAUUGGGGUACGGCGAUUGGCGAAAUGUGGGAUUUGGAGAAGUUGAGUGAGAAGUGUAAGCAGGAAGGGAGGUAUAGUUUUUUCUUGACGAGUGCGCCGUUGCAUGUUAGGGGUGGGAUUGGGAGUCCGCCGGGGGCUAUUGCGAUUUUUUGA